AUGUUUCCAGAAUACAAGGGCAAGCAGUUUCAGACACGAUCUGCCCUGAAGCAAGGGCAAGGAAAAGGGAAGGGCAAGGUGACGAACGUGCGACAGGUGGAGGAAGAAAGUAGCGCGGGCUCAUCAGCUCAAAUUGCGGCACUGGAACAAGCAAUUGCUGCACUUCGCAGGAUGAGCACAAUGUUGACUACACCACCGUCCAGCAAGGGCAAAGGCAAGGCGAAGAGCUCGGACACAGCAUCAAUGGCAUUGACAUCUACGGUCAAGGACACCAAUGCGAGAAUCGUCGAGAUAGACAAUUUCUCAGAGGAUUUUCAGUACGAAGUGUAG